AUGGUCCAGCUUACUACCCUCCUUACCGGUCUUGCCGGUCUCACCACCGUCGUCUCGGCGCAUCCCGGCCACGACAUCAAGGCCGAAGCUGCUGAGCGCGCUGCCUUCCUGAAGCGUGCCCCUCGCAGCCUGAGCGACUGCUCUGCGAAGCUGAAGGCCCGGGGCCUCGAAAGGCAGAACGUUGCUCGUCGUGAGCAGGCUGUGAAUGACCUUCGCCGGAAGAGGGGACUGCAGACCCACGCUCCCCUCCUGAAGGCCCGCGACCUUGAUACCAUCCUCAACACCACCCACCACUCGUCUCUGAACGUCGACCUCAACACUGACCCGAGCGUUCUCUUCGCCUCCAAUGCCAGCUGCGUUCUUGGCCCGGAUGUGACUCAGGGUCCCUACUAUGUCACUGGCGAGCUCAUCCGCAGCGACAUCUCCGAGACCCAGGAGGGUGUGCCCCUUUACCUUGAUGUCCAGCUCAUUGACACCAGCACUUGUGAGCCGGUCCCAGAGGUGUAUAUUGAUCUCUGGCACUGCAACGCUACUGGUGUCUACUCUGGCGUUGCUGCGUCUGGCAAUGGCGACUCUUCCGACACCUCCAACCUGGACGCGACCUUCCUCCGCGGUAUCCAGCAAACCGACUCUGAUGGUGUUGCGCAAUUCACCUCCAUCUUCCCCGGUCACUACACCAGUCGUGCGACUCACAUUCACGUCCUCUCGCACACCCCCAACGACACCACCGUCCUCGCUAACAACACCCUCUCCGGCCUUUCCACCACCCACGCCAACCACGUCGGCCAGCUCUUCUUCGACCAGGACCUGAUCACCAAGGUCGAGGAGACCAGCCCCUACAACACCAACACCCAGGACCUGACCGAGAACGCGGACGACUCCAUCCUGUCCGAGGAGGCCGACACGAUUGACCCCUUCGUCGAGUAUGUGCUGCUGGGCGAUGAUGUGAGCGACGGUAUCUUCGGAUGGAUUGCCCUGGGCGUGGACGUCGAUGCGGACAGUGAGAUUACUCCGGCUGCCGAGUACACCGCCGAUGGCGGUGUCGAGAACGACUCUAGCAGCUCUGGCAUGGGUGGUGGCUCUGGAGGCAUGGGCGGUGGUUCUGCCCCUGGUGGAUCUGCCCCUAGUGGCGCGGCCCCUUUUGCUUGA